CAGGUACGGAUACACGGCACGUCGGUGUCAAGGAAAUUUAUCUUCUCCAUCAGCCUCGUUUUACUUCCCAGACGAGAGCGAAUCGACUCUCUCGUCUGUUCCUCUUCGCAGGCUCGCCAUGUUACCAAAUACCAUGGCUUCACGGUCCUUCCUAAGGAGACCGGCUACCUCAAGAAUAAGAAUGGGAGCAAGUUGUCUGGCCAUCUCGACCACCACAUCGUUUCGAUCCUCUAUCGCCCUUCAUCCAUCGACAUCCCGACACGUAUCGACAUUAUCGACAUAUUCUGCCAUCUCCUCCUUGACCUCUUCACGCCUCUCUCUUACCCGAACAGACCGAUUCCCCCGGGCCGCACGGUUACGUCUACCGUCACAACAACAAACAAGGAGUUUCCAGGGCCCGGGGGGUGCCUUUCAGCCGCUCCAGCCCCCCUCUCCCUCCUCCCUCGGUGCCCCCAAGGCCGCUCGCACCUACACACGCCCCCGCAAACUCCUCCGCCGUCUCCUCAUCCUUUCCUUUGCCCUUGGCACUCUCUACGCCGUCGACCGCUACGCCUACUCCUCCGGCAUCGGGCGCUCCCUUCGCACCUUCGGCAUCGGUCUGCUCGUGGCAGCCGACUAUAAGCUCAACUUCCGCCCGGACCCUUGGUUCGGAGACUCCAUCACCGACGUGCACCGUCGCAAUGCCGAGCGCAUCUUCCACCUCCUGCGCGUCAACGGUGGUCUAUACCUCAAGAUGGGCCAGGCCAUCGCCAUGCAGUCCGCCAUCAUGCCUCCCGAGUUCCAGCGCAUGUUCUCCCGCAUGUUCGACGACGCCCCGCAGGGCCCCUGGUCCGACGUCGAGGCCGUUAUACGCGAGGACUUUGGAGGCAGGUCGCCGGAGGAGGUCUUUGGCGUCAGCUUCUCGGGCGAACAACCGGGCAAAGGUCUCAUGGAGCGCCGUGCCCGUGCCAGCGCGAGCGUCGCCCAGGUGCACUGGGCCCGCCUACCCGACGGCCGCGAGGUGGCCAUCAAGAUCCAGAAGCGUGAAAUCGCCAAGCAGAUAUCAUGGGACCUGUGGGCCUUCAAGACGGUCACCUGGGUCUACAGCAAGUGGUUCGACUUGCCCCUCUACAGUCUCGUCCCCUUCAUUACGGAACGGCUUGAGCUGGAGACGGACUUUGAGAACGAGGCACGCAACUCGGAGACGAUGCGCCGUCUCGUCGAAGGCGAGAGAGGCCUGCGCGGCCGCGUUUACGUCCCGAACGUCUACCCGGAGUUGUCGUCCAAGCGCGUAUUGACCGCCGAGUGGAUCGAGGGCGUCCGACUAUGGGAUAAGGAAGGAAUCACGGGCCGGUGGCUGGGAGGCCGCGCCAACGGUUCCCCGGGCGCCCAGGGUGCGGCCCUGCACCCGGAAACCGACAUGGAGGCGGCGCGCCGCGAGCUGCGAGCGCGACCGUACGCCGAACGGCUCAAGCCGGAGCGGACCGAGUGGAAGGGCCGGCGCGGCCGAGGCGGGCUUGGCCUGUCGACCAAGGACGUCAUGACGACCAUGGUGGACCUCUUCUCGGCGCAGAUCUUCAAGUGGGGGGUGGUGCACUGCGACCCGCACCCGGGCAACUUGUUCGUGCGGCGCAAACCGGGCGGGCAGGCCGAGCUGGUGCUCAUCGACCACGGGCUGUACGUGUACAUGAAGCCCGACUUCCGACGACAAUACGGCCAGUUCUGGAAGGCGCUGAUGACGUUCGACAACGCGACCAUCACGCGGGUGGCGGCCGAGUGGGGCAUCCGGGCGGCCGACAUCUUCGCCAGCGCGACGCUGCUCCGGCCCUACGAGGGGGGCGACUCGAGCACGCGCAAGGGCAUCCUGAAGGGCCUGGAGGGGGCGACGCCGGCGGAGCGGCAGUACGCCAUGCAGCAGAAGAUGAAGCAGGGCAUCCGAGAGAUGCUGGGCGACGAGGAGAAGUGGCCCAAGGAGCUCAUCUUCAUCGGCAGGAACAUGCGCAUCGUGCAGGCCAACAACCAGCACUUAGGCUCUCCGGUCAACCGGGUCAAGAUGAUGGGCGAGUGGGCGAGUCGCAGCCUGUUCGAGGACCGGGCUUUGCCUCUGGGGAGCAGGCUCGGCAACGCAUGGCGGCAUGUCCUCUUCAAGCUCGUCAUGCUCGCCUCCGACGUGGCCUUCUACUUCUUCCGGCUCAGGCAGUGGCUUGGCAGGGGCGGAGGUAUGGAGGACGAGAUGGAGAAGAGGAUGAAGGUGAUGGCGCAGGACUACGGUAUAGAGUUGCAGCAAGAUGUCUUUGAGGGAUAGGCAAGGCAAAAAAAAGAAGAAAAAAUUUACCGAGUGGGAUAGAGAUAACAUAGAGGAAAGGACUCCGGGGCGCAUGUAGUUGCGACGGCCAGCUAUAUGUCUGAGAAUCCCCCCUCCUUACAUCUUGUAUUUUGCAAAAUAUUUUGUUCGAAGCCGUACUUGUACAAUAUAGGUAGGUAAUCGAAGCAGGCACAGGAUGAAACCUGCUGAGGUGGAAAGGCGCGUGGUGUUUCGGUUGGGCAAAAACAAGGACCGGCAUUGAAUCAUAGAAGCCUGUAGAGUAUGGAGCUAUAUCGAGUUUGUUCUACCAUGAAUCUUUCUCUCGC